AUGGACUCUUUAGAAAGAGGUGUUUUAGAUAUUACAGAAAUGAUUGAUCCUGCGUUGAAGGGAACCCUGAAUGUUCUCGAGUCAUGUGCAAAAGCGCCAUCUGUCAAAAGAGCGGUGUUGACAUCCUCGAUUGCUGCAGUUGUACAAAAUGGUAGGCCUCGAACUCCUGAAGUGGUAGUUGAUGAGACUCGGUUUUCUGAUCCAGAAUUAUGCAAGCAACAUAAGCUGUGGUACUUGCUAUCAAAGACUUUAGCUGAGAUCGAUGCUGCCCGGAAGUUUGUUAAAGAAAAGGGUAUCGAUACGGUUGCAAUAAAUCCAGCCAUGGUUAUCGGUCCUCUGUUGCAGCCAUCACUCAAUUCUAGUGCUGCUGAAAUAUUGAACCUAAUAAAUGGUAGGCGCUCUCUAUUCUGUGUGUGCCAAUGUUCUUUUUUUGAACAUCAGAUUAUAUUUCUGUUGAAUUGAAAAAGUAAUAUUUACAUAAUUUUAAUGUUGAUUUUCUUUUUUGGAGUCAUGGCCCGGUUG